CGCAGCUGCGUCCCCGGAGCCCGCGGAGGCCGAGGAGCGCUCCCUGCAGCACAUGCUGCGCGCCAUCGCGGAGGAGCGCGGCCGCCUGAGCCUGCGGCGCGAGGUCUGCGGCCUCGGCUGCCUCAAGGAUGACCGCAUCGUCUUCUGGACUUGGAUGUUCUCCACCUACUUCAUGGAGAAAUGGGCCCCCCGGCAGGACGACAUGCUCUUCUACGUUCGCCGGAAGCUGGCCUACUCCGGCAGCGAGAGCAGUGUGGACGGGAGGAAGCUGCCGGAAGCUGAGCCCGAGGUGGAGGUCGAGGUGUACCGGCGGGACUCCAAGAAGCUACCAGGCCUGGGAGACCCCGACAUCGACUGGGAGGAGAGCGUGUGCCUGAACCUCAUCUUGCAGAAGCUGGACUAUGUGGUGACCUGUGCCGUGUGCACACGCGCUGACGGGGGCGACAUCCACAUCCAUAAGAAGAAGUCGCAGCAAGUGUUUGCCUCUCCCAGUAAGCACCCGAUGGACAGCAAAGGGGAAGAAUCCAAGAUGAGUUACCCCAACAUCUUCUUCAUGAUUGACAGCUUCGAGGAGGUGUUCAGCGACAUGACUGUGGGGGAAGGGGAGAUGGUCUGUGUGGAGCUGGUGGCCAGUGACAAAACCACCAUGUCCCAGGGGGUCAUCUUCCAGGGCUCCAUCCGCUACGAGGCGCUCAAGAAGGUGUAUGACAACCGAGUGAGCGUGGCUGCACGCAUGGCCCAGAAGAUGUCGUUCGGCUUCUACAAGUACAACAACAUGGAAUUCGUGCGCAUGAAGGGGCCCCAGGGCAAGGGCCAUGCUGAGAUGGCUGUCAGCCGCGUGUCCACGGGGGACACCUCCCCCUGCGGCACCGAGGAGGACUCUAGCCCGGCCUCACCCAUGCACGAGCGGGUGACCUCCUUCAGCACACCCCCAACGCCUGAGCGGAACAACCGGCCUGCCUUCUUCUCCCCGUCCCUCAAGAGGAAGGUGCCCCGGAACCGCAUCGCGGAGAUGAAGAAGUCGCACUCGGCCAACGACAGCGAGGAGUUCUUCCGGGAGGACGAUGGUGGAGCUGACCUGCACAACGCCACCAACCUGCGCUCCCGGUCCCUGUCUGGCACGGGGAGGUCCCUGGUCGGGUCCUGGCUGAAGCUGAACAGAGCUGAUGGAAACUUCCUUCUCUAUGCACACUUGACCUACGUCACUUUGCCGCUGCAUCGGAUCUUAACAGACAUCCUGGAGGUACGGCAGAAACCCAUCCUGAUGACCUAGCGUGGCAGAGCCACACGGAGCCCUGGCCCUGAGGCCUGGGGACUGCUGCCAAGUGCCUACCUGUCACCGCCUCCGGGGUCUUCUGUGACAACCAGCGCCAGGGCUGCAGCCAGGCAGGGCCACUCGACUCCGGGGCCAGGGCCGAUCCACAAACACCAGCCCAAACUGAAGUGCCUCGUCCUCCCCCGCUGGCUCUGCUCCUGCCCUGAGCUCCCGCCCUCACCCCCUGCUCAUCUCCGGGGCACCCUCUGCAUCCAGAGAGGGCCUGGGACGCCAGGAGGCCACUGACAGCGCAAGGACAGCCAGGUCCAGAUCAAGCUUGGCCACAGGCCACAUCCCAGCCCGGCACACAGCGGGUUGAUGCCAUCCAGCCGGGCACUCCGUGAGUCAGAGUGGCCAUCCUUCCUUCCAAGGCCCCAUGGAAGGUUUCAUAACUCUACCCUUUAACUUCAGCAUCUGAGUCCGACCCAACCCGCCCUCCCUUGUCACAUUUGUCACAGUGGGUUCCCGUGGGGAGAUGGGGGACAUGACCUGCUCAGCGGCUUUCCCCUGGGCUGGGAAUACCUCGACCCAUGCCCAGUUCCAGAACAUUCUCAAGCUGAGCAGACAGCCCCGCCCCCCGCCCCCCAGAAUGGCCUUUGCUUCCAGCCAAAGAACACCGCCAACACACACACCUCCAACCCAGGCCAUCAGCUCGGCCACGGCUGGAGAGACCUGCAGCACUGGGGUCCUGAGGGCAGGUGGAAGGGCUCGGUAGCCAAGGUGUCUGACAGGCUGGGGUUGGCAUCCCCCGUCGGGGCUCCUGGCAGACGGCAUCUUCUAGGGCGGGAGGGGGUGGCACUGUUCCCUUGCCCAGUUUCCUAGGGCCAGUGUGCCAUCUGCCCUAGGCCAAGCCCUGUGGCCAGAGGAGCUGCUUAUGCGCGUGCGUGGCUGCAGCCUGGCCUCUCCCCAGCACCCAGAGCCUCCCCUGCCUGCCUGGGAGUAGACUGGAAGCUUCAACUCUGUUGCUGUUCUGGUUUGAGGACCUCAGCCCCCUGGAGGCUCUGGGUACCUGUGUGGAGACCUCUUUUUGGCAGGAGAGAGAGCAGCAGUUGUUCUCCCAUCUGUCUCUAUUCUGUGGGCUCCGGGGACAGGGACUACUUUGGGGCUUUCUCCAGAUUUUGUAUGUUGUUAUUAAAAGCGAGCUAUUGCAUUUCA